UAGCGGCACAGGCGAUUAAUAAACGCCAACAGGCGCAAUUAGACACGCUCGGCCCGUCGGCCGCAUCAAGGGGGAGUUUUUUUUUCGGGGGAGGGACGCGUUUACUCGUCCGCGAGCGGCGGCGCGAGGAACACGAUGAUCGCGGCGAGGAGCCCGAGGCCGAACGUCGGGAAGAAGUAGCCGCCGAAGUCGCCCUCGUUUGCUGCGAUGAGCACGUUCGACAUCGUCUGCAAGGCCUCGGCGGGGACCGGCGCGAGCGCCGGCGCGGCGGCGAGCGGCGCGACCGUGGAAACGAUCGGCGCGAAGGCCGCGGCCGUCGAGCACACAACGGCGGCGAGGAGCUGGCGGGCCAUCUUAACAAUUAAUCUGCGAGGGGCGACGGGUUGCGCGGUUGGCAGCGAUCUCAUCUCUGUCGUCUCGAGGGCAAUGGGCGGCCGCCGCGGUGCACAACUAGCGCAAGAGCGCUGCAGAAUCCGCAGCGACGAGCGCGCUGCCGCGGAAGGGCAAUGGCUGCGGUGCGAAGGGUCGGCGGGCCUGGUAGCCGCGGCCCGCUAACUUUGCAUCAUCAGCAUGUCAUAGCUCUCCGGGCCGCCGCGGCGUCGUCGCGCGCAGAUUUUUGCACAGCGCGACUGUCGCCAUCCGUUGCGGCACCGCUAGGUCGAAUUUUGCGCCGUGGGCACGUCUAGGCGCUGGAAUGGACAAGCUAUGAGCUGCAAGCUUGCGGCUUUUGGCACUUCGAGCCGAG